GUGAAGCCUUUUUCAGACACUCAGGCAGCCGCAGCAUCGUCCGCAGCUAGCACACACACACUGACACAGCCGCGUGGGCUGUCAGGACGCCGACGCCAUCUGAUCUCGCCAUCUCUGGACACGCUGCAAUCGAGAUUGCUUUUAAGAUGAUAUAUUCAGGCAAUUUUAACCAGAAUGAUCAUAUUCUCUUCGCCCUGAAUAGACUACAUAUUGUAGUGCGUUAGCACGGAUGCUCUACUAGGUUACUCUGCUGUCUCUUGGCUGGGGAAAAUACUCCGGAGGUGACUUUGUAUCCGUAACAACUGUCACCGAGAGUGGCUGACUGGUCGUCCUCUGUCAUCUUGAAGUUGUCUUAUUGAGCAUCCUACAGACUGUGAAUUGUGAUGUACUUGUGCCAUGGUCGCGCUAGUUGGUGAGGAGAGGGUUUGAGUUGGAUACAUUUUUAACGCGGAGGGAGCCGUUGUGGAUCACCGAGACCAGGGGGAGCGAGAGAACCGUCGGCGCCAAUAACACCUUCUGCACCAGAACCGUCUCGGUUUCUUCCAUAUAUGGUACACCACUAAAACUGGACCCUUGGAUUAAUUUUACAGAAUACCUGUCAACGAGAAUAGAUCUGUUUUAAAUUCACUGUAAUAGACUUCAAUCAGUUCGAGGUUUCUCACUGCGGUUGAACCCCCUGCCAAGGCUAAGGUUGCGGUUUUACCGUUUGGACCAUUUUAAUAGGCUACUAUAUUUCCCUCUCGGGUGGAUUGAUUGACCACCUCGGACGACCCCAACUGUGCGAUGGCUGAGAAGUGAGAGCUCGGUGGGAUCUGCUUUGGUCGUCCUGCACAGUAGCAUGGCCCCGUCCCGACGGCACUGCGGAUGGGAGAUGACGCCUCUGUCGGGAUGUCUGCUCCUGUCCAUCUUGGUGUUUCAACCUGCGCUAGCCAAGGUCUGCAAUGACUAUACGAGGCACGGUCAGGACAACAGCUGGUUCUCGGAGAAUGAUGAGAAGUUGCCCAUCAUGGUGCUCAUGCCGAUGAACGAGUCGGCGCUGAUGAGCAGCAUUAGUCAGGGCAUCGAGCCCGCAGUCCAACUGGCCAUACAGCAUAUAAAAGAGUCACGGAAUUACAAGUUUUCACUCAUCACCAAAAUCUACGACACCGAGUGUGACAACGCCAAGGGAUUGAGGGCCUUCUUCGAUGCCAUAUGCUAUGGACCCAAACACCUGAUGAUAUUUGGAGGGGUGUGUCCGUCCGUGACGUCCAUCAUUGCUGAGUCACUGGAGGGGUGGAACCUGGUGCAGCUCUCCUUUGCGGCAACAACCCCUGUUCUGGCCGACAAGAAGAAGUACCCCAACUUCUUCCGGACGGUUCCAUCGGACAACGCAGUGAACCCAGCCGUGGUCAAGUUCCUCAACUUCUACAACUGGAGCCGUGUGGGGACCCUCACACAGGACGUCCAGAGAUUCUCAGAGGUGAGGAAUGACUUGACCAAUGAGCUGGAGAAGGCAGACAUCCAGAUCGCUGACACCGAGAGCUUCUCUAAUGACCCCUGUGUCAAUGUCAAGAAGCUCAAGGAUAAUGAUGUGAGGAUCAUUAUCGGACAGUUUGAUGAGAAUCUGGCCUCCAAAGUAUUCUGCUGUGCAUACAACCUGAACAUGUAUGGUAGUAAGUACCAGUGGAUCAUACCAGGCUGGUACCAGGGGAACUGGUGGGAGCAGGCCAACUCCACCAACUGCACCACCAAGAAGCUGCUGACCGCUAUGGAGGGAUACAUCGCUGUGGACUUUGAACCGCUCAGCGCCAAACAGGUCAAGGGCAUCUCUGGAAGGACACCUAAGGAGUAUGAGAGGGAGUACAGUAAAGAGCUGCAGCAGAAGGGGGUGGAGCCCUCAAAGUACCACGGCUUCGCCUACGACGGGAUCUGGGUGAUAGCUAAGACCCUGACCCGCGUCAUGGAUGUACUGCAGCACAAGGAGAGGCAGGACAUGUACCACAACUUCACCGUGGACGACCGGGAGGUGGGCAAGCUGGUGCUGGACGUCAUGAACGAAACCAACUUCUAUGGCGUCACGGGCCAAGUCAUGUUCAGGAACGGAGAACGGAUGGGCACGAUCAAAUUCACACAGUUUCAAGAGGGUCAGGAGGUGAAGGUCGGAGAGUACAACGCUAUCGCUGAUGUCCUGGACCUUAUUAACAACACCAUGAGGUUCCAAGGGGUGGAGCCUCCUAAGGACCGUACAUUUGUGCGCCUGCAGCGUCGCAACAUCAACGUACCCCUCUACAGCAUCCUGUCUGUUAUCACCAUUCUGGGAAUGCUCAUGGCAGGGGCCUUCCUCUUCUUCAACAUCAAGAACCGCAACCACAGACUGAUCAAGAUGUCCAGUCCCUACAUGAACAACCUCAUCAUCCUGGGAGGAAUGCUCUCCUACUCCUCCAUCUUCCUCUUUGGCCUGGACGGCGCCUUGGUGUCCGACAAAGAGUUUGAGGCCCUGUGCACCGUGCGAACGUGGAUCCUCAUCGUAGGGUACACGACAGCGUUUGGUGCCAUGUUCGCCAAGACCUGGAGAGUCCACGCCAUCUUCAAGAACGUCAAGAUGAAGAAAAAGAUUAUCAAGGACCAGAAGUUGCUGAUCAUCGUGGGUGGGAUGCUGCUGAUUGACCUGUGCAUCCUCAUCUGCUGGCAGAUCGUUGACCCACUUAAGAGGACCGUAGAGGAGUACAGCUUGGAGGCGGACCCCCAGGGGCAGGACAUAGCCAUCCGGCCCUUCCUGGAACACUGUGAGAACACACACAUGACCAUUUGGCUGGGGAUCGUCUACGCUUACAAGGGCCUGCUUAUGUUGUUUGGUUGUUUCCUGGCCUGGGAGACGAGGAAUGUGAGCAUCCCGGCCCUGAAUGACAGCAAGUACAUCGGGAUGAGUGUGUACAAUGUGGGCAUCAUGUGUAUCAUCGGGGCAGCCGUGUCCUUUCUCACGCGAGACCAGCCCAAUGUGCAGUUCUGCAUCGUGGCUCUGGUCAUCAUCUUCUGCAGUACCAUCACUCUCUGUCUGGUGUUUGUGCCAAAGUUCAUCACGAUGAGGACCAAUCCGGACGCAGCUACUCAGAACCGUAGGUUAAAGUUCAAUACGAACCAGAAGAAAGAGGACUCCAAGAUGUCCACGUCAGUAACCAGUGUGAACCAGGCUAACACGUCCAGACUGGACGGCCUGCAGACCGACAACCACCGCCUCCGCAUGAAGAUAACAGAGUUGGAUAAGGAACUGGAGGAGGUGACCAUGCAGCUGCAGGACACCCCAGAGAAGACCCCGUACAUCAAACAGAACCACUACGGAGACGUCAACAACAUCCUUAGCAUACGCAACUUUACAGACGGCAAAGAGGGGGAGAAAUCUAUACUGAAGAAUCAUCUUGAGCAGAAGCCUCAGGCGCAGUGGGGCUCCAUGGACCCUUCCAGAAUAAACAGAGGUCCCCUGGAGGAUAUCAACUCACCUGAACACAUACAGCGCAGGCUGUCGUUGCAGCUGCCCAUCCUGCACCAUGCCUACCUACCCUCCAUAGGGGGGGUGGACGCCAGCUGUACCAGCCCCAACGCCAGCCCCAGCUCCAGCCCGCGGCACAGACACAUGCCCCCAUCCUACCGGGUCAUGGUCUCAGGCCUGUGAGCAUCAGUCGCCCCUGCCGCUUCCAAGAAAGACAUCCAUGUUUAAAAAACAGACUGAGGUCAUCAGCGAUAGUGGAAUAAUAUGUGUGUUGGACCAGGGAGGGGGAAGUUUGUUCCACUCUUCAUGCCUCGGUCUCUAGAACCCCUCUCUAGAACCAUGGGUUGGGAAGAGAAAGGGGAGAGGGUACCUUACAAACGACAACACGAUCCAUAGCAACAACCUCCCUCGGUCUCUCUCCCCCCCUCACCCACCCCCUCAGGCAGCGGAGUACCAGACCUGACCUGACCAGACCUGUAGCGUAUCUGCUUUGGAGGGUUUUUAUGUUUUUUUUGUCAUACACUUGGCUAUGUGUGUGCUUGUCAAAAAGUUAGUGUUUCGCUACUUCAAUGCCUAGAAGGCGUUACUAUAGGAACAAAGAAGUUCCAGAUCGGACUGACGUAGGAUUCAUCACAAUUCACCAUUUUGAACAAACAUGUAAAUAUCAUACUGACUUUGACUUACCGUAAGCUUUGAGUAUGCUGUGAAUUAACAUAUGGGGGGAUGGGGGGCAGGUCUGUAUCAGGGUAGGCCCUAAAAAACUAUUAUAAAAACUAAAAAAACUGGCGUCCUACAAAGCAAAAUGUAAGACAAAUUGGUUUGUGUAAUAUUACUGCAUCAUUGUAUUGUGUUAAUUAUGUUAAAUGGAUUGGCUCAUAGCAAGAAGUAAGUCAUUUUUCUGUGACUAGCAAAAUGUCGAAAGACACCAGCCAGGGGCCAAUUAUUUUAACUUGGUGUAAUAUUCACACAGCUUAUUUUCCACUUUGCUAAAUUUGCACCAUUAGUUUUUCUUUAAGAUAUUAUACUAUCUCUUUUCAUAGGUCUUUAAUGUGUUUCAACUCCCAUCGUUUAAUUUGUCUCCAUACAAGCAUGAAAUACUACAGUACAGGAUAAUGCCUUUCUGGGUUUAGAGGGCAACAGAACCAAACAAAUUUCCAGGAAAUAAUGAGAAUAGUAAUGUGACUCUAUGUACAGUACGUGUGUUGACAUAAACGCAAACAAAUACUCACCUACACAAACACAUAAAGAUACACACCAUUAGGUAAAGUGCACACCGUAUCCUAGUGGUGUUAGGUGUCCAGACAAGGCUUUGCCAAAGAUCAGUCUGAGGACCAGCAAGCUUCCAUUACAGCUGGUUGGUCUUUGCCCCACCAGUGUAAAUGGUCCAGGAACUGUCAUGUCACUCUAUGUAGGGAGUGGGGACCACCCAACGCAGCACCCAGAGCCCAGGUGGCCUGCUCUGUUACCUGACUGUUGUGAGGCUGAAGGAGAGGCUUUCUAAUGACCAUAUGUUUCAUAAGUCAAUGAAAUAUGUGCAUGGUCAGGCAACAUCAAGUGGUGAGAAACUGAGAUAAAAAACUCGGGAAAAAAAUUAUGUUGACAAUAAAUAUAUUCAGAUAGUGAAGAGUGAUAAGGAUGUGGGUUUGUCAUUUAGGUUCCAUUAGUAGUUUCGAAACAGUGAAAUUACGUUUGAAGCUGUUUCAAUCAGUAAAUUUGAAUUACCGAAAUGGCAAGUGGAAAAUGCAUGUGAGCCGUAUGUGAACCCUAUCCAGGAGACCACAGCACUGUCAGUCACAGGAACAAUGGCACCACAGACUGGGAGAGAAGUGUCAGUAAAUCAUGACAGGUCUACUAUACAGUGAUGUUGUGAAAAAUCACCUGGCACUUAGCAACAGUGGAACAUACCUCAUAGUUGCUGUUAAAAAGUUUUUCUGUGUAGUUGGCCCAAAGGUCAUUUCUUGUAGUAAAAAGGGCCAUAGACAUAGCUUGCUAUCGUCAUUUUAUUUGUACAACUGUUGUCACAAGAAAAACACAAAGUGGAUGAAAUCCAUGAAUAAGCUACGUAUCAUCAUCAGAAGUCUAAAUAGAUUUGUUUCACCAUUGGUGUCUUGGUUAAAAUACGUUUGUUGAGCACUGUGCCUGUAGUCGUAUCCUGUAGCCUGCAGGAGCCACAGUACACAGCAGGUCCAGUAGGUAGUGCUGGUGGUGUGGGCUGGGCAAACUAAACUAAACAAGCAUCGGUAAAUUGUACAACCUGUCAUGAUUUCUUUCCUAUUCAAUACUCCAACACCUGGGACAUACAGUACAUUUUACAUUACAUUUUAGUCAUUAAGCUGACGCUCUUAUCCAGAGCGACUUACAGUUAGUGA